UGCUGACUGCACUAAUCCCGUGUUAGACUAGAAAGUGCCUUUAAAAAAAGGCAACGAACUGUGAUUGUUUAACUUAUUUCCUAAUUUGGAGAAAAUCUUUGGAAUGAAUACAGGGCUAUCCUAAAUCUAAUUGGUUUCGGUCAAUUUGUAAAGACUGAUUAGCUACCUGUAGUGUCUGGACAGCCUAAUCUCUUGCUCAGCGCUGUAGAUGGCUAUUGUGCAUUGAUCAAACAACAGUAAAACUAGCUUGAUCAAUGCUUGAGUUUGUGAAACACAAAUACUAUCAGUUAUUCAUUGUUUCUUCACAAGCGUUCACUGUUUUGAGUAAAGCCUGUGCAUUAACAUAAUUUACAGCAAAAUUGAAAUAGGCUAGAAAAGAACAAAGAAAGGAAAUGUUUUCUGUUGUUUUUUCCUUCGUGAAGAAACAUGCAAACACAGGUAACAGAUUUAUCGUGUUAGGAGGACAUUGUGUGAAGAGAAAACGAAGAACCUAAAUGUUUAAUUUGAAUGUUACAUGCAUACCUUGUAUCUAGCUUGGUACUUUAGAACAAAUUACAGACUGGGGCUAAGGGACUGAGCAGUCCACCUCCAUUUUGAAGCCCAUCUGGACUCAGCCUUUAGGGACGCCUUGGAGCCUAAAAGUUUCAGAGAGUUUUCAACAAGGCCUGUUAAGGCCACAAUUUCAGUUUUGCGUUGAAGGUCUGUUUUUUAAGAGGUCUGUUUUUAAAAAAAAAAAAAAAAAAUUAAUGCCUCGUUCUUUCAGAAUUUUGCAAAUUUGCUAUAAUUACACUUGUCAAAUGAUGUGCAGGAUUUGCAUAUCUACUUCAUGGCAUAGUUUGCAGUGGCUGUCCAAUACCCACCAAGUGACGCUGCCGAUAGGAGAGCUCUUUGAAUCAGUCGAGCCAGGAAGCCCUAUGUGUAUAGAUUAGUCAUCAUCUUCCCAAGAUGAGCAGAUCACUGAGUCCUCAUGUGCUUCUGGGUUUGUUUAAACCCUCUUCUCUCAGGGCACUCUCACUGUUGAAAGAAUUCAUACUUCAAAAUGCAAUUUCUUUUUUUUUUUUCUCUGGUGCGGAGCAUGCUUGCAAGACCAUUUUCCUGUGGGCAGAAUGGUGGUGGUGAACUUGUACUGCCUAAAUAAUGGUGUCAGCUCCAGGGCCUUUGAGGGCAGCAGCUCUUUCCGCAGCGUGCUUCCUGGGUCAAGUGCGGUUUUUGUGUGAUCUCAUGUCCAGUUGACAGAAGAUAGCGUUGCUGGCUGGCGUGGUUAUAAAUUCGUAUAAAUCAGAAAACAGUGCAUGUCUUCAAAAGGAUAGAGCUGGUAUUUUUAGACUUCGGGUGCAAACAGCCCCAGAAGCCUUCACCGCCUUACACCCGAUCAUUAAGCACUUCACUGCGGGGCGAGGCGGGAGCAGCAGCACCUCUGAGGGGACCGGCAGGGCGGGCGCUCGGGCGGCCUUUGGACGCUCAGGCCGGCUAGCAGGCUUCCAGUACAAUAAAGCCUGGGUUUUACCUCCUCACGGGCGGCUCCCGCGGCAGUGCCCACAGGAAAGAGCGAGGGCAGCGUUGCUGCUCUCGCCGCCGGGAACUGCCCCGCUCCUCUCCACAGGGGAAGUGGCAUGGAGGGACGAAGGGUUGAGGGGGUGUUCCUGCCGCCCGUAGGGGGCUCGGCGGACUCGGCUAUGCAGCCCUCGCACGAGGCGGGGAGAGGGCUUCUCUCCCGAGCCUGGAGGGCAGCGAUAGCGCCUUUGCCCCUCCAGGACCCUGCGUGAGGGUGGGGAGGACGCCACACGCUCUCCCUCUCCUUCCCUCCGCCGCCCCGCCCCGGGCACGCAGGUGUUGGACGGGGGUGCGCUGUCCGCUUCACCAUGGCGGGGGCUGCAAAGGACACCCCGGAGCGCCCGGCGGAGGAGGAGGAAUACAGGCUCUCGAUUUGCGGCAAAUUAUGCUAUGCAAUAGGAGGUGCCCCAAAUCAAGUGGCAGGGAGCGCUGCUGCUUUCUUCCUACAGAUCUACCUGCUAGAUAUAGCCCAUAUUACUCCGUUUCAUGCCUCUUUGGUGCUGUUCAUUGGCAAAGCCUCAGGUGCAGUUACUGAUCCUGUUGCUGGCUUUUUUAUUAGUAAAAGUAGAUGGACAAAAAUUGGCCGGCUCAUGCCUUGGAUGCUGGCAUGUACACCCUUCACAGUAGUGUCCUAUUUUUUUAUGUGGUACCUGCCUCCUUUUGUAUCGGGAAGAGUUGCAUGGUACCUGACUUUCUACUGCCUUUUCCAAGCACUGACCACAUUAUUCCAAGUACCAUAUUCUGCCCUCACCAUGUUUCUCAGCACAGACCAGAAGGAGAGAGAUUCUGCAACAGCAUACCGAAUGACCAUGGAAGUGCUUGGGACCUUGAUUGGAGCUGCACUUCAGGGGCAGAUUGUGGCCAGUGCUCAUGUCUCUCAUCACUGCACUGUGAAUCCCCCAGUAAACACAACCGACUCCUGGCAUGACACUCCCAGCUUUCCAGACCCCUCAGAUCCCCUGUCUCAUCAAGCAAGAGUUUAUAUGAUUGCAGCAGGGGUCAUAGGAGGUGUGUAUCUUCUUGGAAUUGUCACUCUCUUUCUUGGAGUAAAGGAAAAAGAUGAUCCUUAUGCCUUAAAUUCAGACAGAGCAAUUCCUUUUUGUAAGGGGCUUGGACUCACCAUGAAGCAUGGUCCGUACGUGAAGCUUACGGCUUCAUUUCUUCUCAUCUCGACAGCAGUUCAGCUGGAGCAGAGCAACUUUGUCCUAUUCUGCACUCAUGCUGCUGAUCUUCGCAAUCACUUCCAGUAUUUGGUGGUGACCAUCUUGGUAUCAGCAGCUGUGAGCAUUCCCUUCUGGCAGAAGUUUCUGCAGCGAUUUGGCAAGAAGUGUGCAGCAUGUGGGGUUUCGUGGAUGAUUCCUUUUGCAGUCAUGCUAGUGACCAUUCCAAACCUGAUCCUGGCUUACUUCGUGGCCUUCAUCUCUGGUCUGAGCAUUGCAGCGUCUCUUCUGUUGCCAUGGUCAAUGCUGCCUGAUGUUGUUGAUAACUUUCGCCUGCAGAAUCCUCAUGGAAAAGGACAUGAAACCAUUUUCUAUUCUUCUUAUGUUUUCUUUACCAAGAUGUCAGCAGGAAUUGGCUUAGGAAUUUCUGCAGCAGGACUGGAGUUUACUGGAUACAAGCCAGGGAUAUGCAGACAAUCCAACGACGUGAUCCUCACACUGAAAAUCCUCAUUGGAGCAGUCCCUGCUAUCCUCAUCCUUGUAGGAUUAUUUAUACUUCUUUUCUACCCAAUCACUGAAGAAAGUCGGAAAGAAACAAAGCUUGCGCUUGAAGUGUUAAGAAGGAGCCAUCAAAGCACAGAGAACCUGGAUGACCACAAAGAGGACACCUCGGUCUGA